AUUGCCAAUAAAAAUCCAUUGGAUCGCCAGAUGGGUUCCUGCGUGUCUCUACGGAGCUUCUGUAUUUCGAUCGGCUGGUUAUAAAAUUGUGAACUUCACAAACAGCUUAUGAUUCAGCCAAAGCUUUAGCUUAUCCUCCUGGAACGCAGCAACAGGACACAUUGAUCUUGUUUAAAAUCCAAAACACGCUUCUCGUCAUGAAUUCGUUAAAAGAAUUAUAAUGUCUUCUUCAUGCUAAGACCUGCUCUCAAACAUUCUUGGCGUGGAAACCUGGAGGAAGGUUUCGCAGAUAGCAGGGAGAAGGUCUUUAGGAUAUGCCUGGGUUCUCCUUCCUCCUUCCUUUCAGCGUCGCGAAUGAGAAAGAGAAAUAACUUAUUUCUUGUUUCCCUCCCUAGUUCGUCACCAAAUGCUAUGGACGAAGAGCAGCCUUGCAAUUCCAACUCGAAAGAAGAAGGAAGGAAACGUCAGACUCCUCAUCAAGGUUCCCGGGGGAGCAAAAGCUUCCACUUGGAUGGCCGACUGGAGGAAGAUGUAACGAAGUCCAAGAAAGAUAAAGAUGGCAGAUUCAUGAAUCCUUGGCCAACCUGGGAACCCGCCACCUUCACAAAUUUCUUGAAGUGGAUCUUCAUAGAAAAAGACAACAGCCAAGUCCCUUGUUCCAAACAGAUCCUUGACACAAAUCUCCCAGUGUUGACACCUUAUUUUGUCCAAAACUCUGAAUUGUUUGGAAAGACCGGAGAUGGUAUGCGCGUAACUUGGCUUGGACAUGCCUCGGUGUUGGUAGAAAUGGAUGACGUCACGUUUAUUACCGACCCCAUUUUCAGCCAGCGGGCUUCCCCGGUGCAGUUUCUGGGCCCUAAGCGUUUCCGAGGUCCCCCGUGCACCGUCAGCGAACUGCCCAAAAUAGACGCCGUGUUGAUCAGCCACAACCAUUACGACCACCUGGAUUAUCCCACCGUCGUGAGUUUAAACGCCCGUUUUGGCAGCGAGUUGAGGUGGUUCGUGCCGCUGGGCCUUUUAGACUGGAUGCGGAAAUACGGCUGCGAGAACGUCAUCGAGUUGGACUGGUGGGGAGAAAACUGCAUUCCUGGUCGCGACGCCGUCACCUUCAUUUUCACUCCUGCUCAGCAUUGGUGCAAACGGACCGCCCUGGACGACAACAAAGUUCUUUGGGGAAGCUGGUCGGUUGUGGGUCCCCGGAACCGGUUCUUUUUCGCUGGAGAUACCGGCUAUUGCGUUGCCUUUGAGGAAAUAGGGAAACGGUUUGGACCAUUUGAUCUUGCAGCCAUUCCCAUCGGAGCCUACGAACCAAGGUGGUUUAUCAAAUGCCAGCAUGUGAACCCUGAAGAAGCAGUGAGAAUCCACAUUGAUGUACGAGCCAAGAAGUCCAUCGGGAUUCAUUGGGGAACUUUUGCUUUAGCCAACGAGUACUACUUAGACCCACCUGUCAAACUGAAGGAAGCGCUUGAGAGAUACGGCUUGCAAACGGAAGAUUUCUUUGUUUUGAACCAGGGAGAAUCACGAGAUUUAAAGAUUAACGAUGACGGAAUUGAAUAGAAGCAGAAAAAACGUCUUAUUAACCAUACCUAACGCGUUUAAUUGUAACUACCUCUUAAAAAAAAAAAACCCUUGCCUAUCGACUUUGCAACAUGAUUUUUGAUGAAUGAAUUAACCAUGGAGAGCAUUAAUCAAGCUACAAAUAACUUUAAGUAAACAAGGAUUCUUCUAUGAAAUAAACCUUUGUACAAUUGUUUAAGUUUGCUCUGGAACAAUAGCCUUCUAUUGUUUUGAGGAUAUGACUGGCACGUAAGAAAUGUUAAGAAAGCACCCGUUGCUUCCAAAAAUCUUUACUCUGCUCCAUUUUGUUGGUGCUUCUUUCCUUAUGGUGCUUGUGAUGUCCAAAACCAGUAAUUUUUAAGAAUAUGACGCACAGAUUCCUUACAAAGCUGAAAUUACUGAUGAUUGAUGCAUUUGCUCUGCAUUAAAAACGUGACCAAAUAUCCUUGUGUGAACCUGCUCCUUUGCCAAUAAAUUCUUGCCCCAAAGUAUUAUCAUGUUGUCGUUGUUCAUAACUAGAUUGUUUUGGGAAAGUACUUAAGGUGUUGGACUAGAAACCGAGCUCUGAGUUUUUAAUUCUCUGUUGGGGAUGAAAAAUGGUGGGGCCAAUUUAUCAUAAUCUUUGUUUUUUUCAGGCUGUCACCUGAGAGAGUGGUUACUGUUGUGGCCCAGCAGGAGCCAUUGGAGCUGCCUCCGACA